CAGGUUUUCCUACCGUGUGCCUCCACACACAACGACGAGUGUCCGCAGUCACAGCUGUCCUGAACGAAAUUGAUUGCUGGGAGGCGAGAUUCAAAAAGGCAAACCGAUCAAACGUGCCUCUUUACCUGCUUCGGCCCCAUGCGCGCUCAACAUACCCCUCAUUUUCUAACCACUUUCCCUGUAUAUGCCUCGUCGUUCGUGUCGGAGAACCAAUUGGUUCUCGGCGGUGGUGGCGGCGCGUCAAAAACCGGAAUAAAGAACAAGAUUCGCGUCUACGAGGUCGGAAACGAUCGUUCUAUAGACUUGGUGGACGAACUGGAGCUUGAGAGCGGCGCCGACGCUCCAAUGAGCAUGGCCACGAACGUAGAGGCUCGAACUUUCGUAUGCGGGAUCAACAGUCCUGAAGACAAGCUUGUUAAAGGCGAGAACGAAAACUGUCGCGUCUACGCGCUGAAAGAGGGCAAGCUUGGCCAGGUACAGACACGCGGCACGCUCGUCGCGGGAAACGUAGAAGAUUAUCAGGCAAGCCUGUCGCGGUGACUCUACAGGAUUCAUGCUGAUGUGGGGACAGAAAGUAUCCGUGAUAUCUUCUGACGGCAAACUCGUUGCUGUGGCGGGUACUCAAACGCUGGACGUACUGUCUUACCCGUCUCUUGAACGGGUGGCGGUGACCAUCAUAACUGAGAAAGAGAUAUACGAUGCGACAUUCUCAAAUGGCAACCUGGUGAUCGCAACCACUGAAGAGCUACUUGUCUAUGCCCUGCCAGAACCCGUGUCUGAGAAGCAAGAGGCGCCGUCCAACAUUAAGAAUAAAGGAAAGCAGAAGGCAGAUAUCGUCGAACUGGAACUCGUACAAAAGGUCUUGCCUCCCGCGUUCCCAGGUUCUACCGGAAGUACUUUCCGUGCAGCAAGGUUUCACCCGGAAAACAACGGAAUCUUGUACACAAUGAGCAAUACCAUUCCAGGACGUACUAAGGGAAGGAAAGCUGCCCCGCGGCUCGGAUAUGUCUGCAAGUGGAAUGCUACGACUUGGAAAUCUGAAAAGGUCAAGAAAGUCAGCGACAAGGGACUGACCUGUUUUGCUGUCAGUCUGGAUGGCACCAUGAUUGCCUUUGGCUCCUCCGACUGCAGCAUCGGUCUUUUGGACGCAACUACAUUGAAUCCUCUCAUGACCAUCUUGAAAGCGCACGAAUUCCCCCCGACCACUCUCACAUUCAACCCGACAUCCAAGCUCCUCGUUUCCGGCAGUGCAGACAAUACAAUCCGGGUCAUCGGUAUUCCAGAGGAUUCGUCCAAGUACUCUUGGACCACGAUAAUUUUGAUUCUGAUCACUCUACUGAUUGCCCUCGUGGCGCUUUUGGCCCAACAAACAUGAGAAUGGUUGGUAUAUUUAAUUACAGAGAUGGAAGAACUACCGUGUAUAUUGUACAGCUCAAUCAUAAUCGUCGUCCUCUUCCAGUUUUCGUUUUGUUCCGUUUGUCUGGCUGAGACUGGUUUGGAUUUCCUCCAUAGCGUCGCCCUCCUCUUCCUCCUCCUCUUCUCCACCAGAGAACAAUCCAUCCUCGCCGUCCCCAGCUUCACUCCCUUCGCCAGCAGCAGGCUGAGACCCAAUCCUCAAAUCCACUGAUGUGUCAAUGGCGGAUAUGGGGAAAGGCGUGUCGUCGUAUUCCUGGGCCGGCUCGGUAUACUGUGUGCUGGGAGCUGGUCGAGCUGGAGUAAAUGCCGGUGGUGGAAUUGGAGGGCUUUGCUCCAUCUCGACAUCUGAGGGCUCAUCAUACUCGUCCUCCUCCUCGAUCUCCUCCACCUCCUCGUCAUAGAGUUUGACGUCUGGCGGUGGCUUGUUUGGAAUCAAGUCGAAGUCGAUUGAGGUCAAGCAUUCGGAGGCAGGAGGCAUGCGAACUCCAAAGACUUCCGGUACAGCGGGGAGGGGCACAGCAUUCACGUCCGCCGCGAGGGAGAGGAUGUACUGUGGUUCUCAGGUCAGGGAAUAAGAUUGAACAUGGAGCGAAGCUAGAUACCUCUUUGGGAACUCUGCCGCCGAAUUCCCAACCCACACGGGCUUGUACUGCCAAUACGACGUCGUCCAUUUCGAUCUUAUUCGCACGACCAGCGUAUUCGGCAUAGACAUUUGCAUCAGUCAGAACAUUCGCAGUAUAUCGGUGCGCGAAGUCCAAAAGCUGGUGGAUAACAGCAGGCUGGACAUCUUGUAUAGAUGGGGUCGAGGAAAGAAGUAACGCGAUCGCGCGUGCGCUCGGCGGUAGAUUGUCAGGACGAGACAUGCG